UGCCCUCCGGGCCCUACCAGACGCGCUACCUGAGGCAGCAGAUUGAUCACUUUGGAUUUGAUGAAAAUGGUACAUUCCAGCAGAGGUACCUGGUAGCAGAUCAGCACUGGAAGAAGGACAAUGGACCAAUUCUGUUUUAUACAGGCAAUGAAGGAGACAUCGAGUGGUUCUGCAACAACACGGGUUUUAUGUGGGAUGUGGCUGAAGAACUUCAUGCCAUGUUGGUAUUUGCUGAACACAGAUAUUAUGGAGAAUCUUUGCCCUUUGGGAAUGAAUCUUUCAGUGAUUCCAAGCAUCUCAAUUACCUGACAUCAGAACAAGCUCUGGCAGACUUUGCAGUACUUGUUGAGUACUUAAAGACAACCAUUGCAGGAGCCAAGCACAGUCCAGUCAUAGCUAUUGGAGGGUCUUAUGGAGGAAUGCUUGCAGCCUGGUUUAGGAUGAAGUAUCCCCAUGUGGUGGUUGGAGCUGUGGCAGCCUCUGCCCCCAUCUGGCAGUUUGGUGAUCUGGUUCCAUGUGGCACAUUUUUCAGCAUAGUGACCAAUGAUUUCAAAAAGAGUGGCAAGGGCUGCUCAGAGAGCAUCCGGAACUCCUGGAAUGCUAUAAACCACCUUUCCUCAACAGAUGCAGGUUUGCAGUGGCUUUCCAAUGCAUUUCAUUUGUGCAGCCCCUUAAAAACUCCUCAGGAUGCUGCUGUAUUGAAAAAUUGGCUGAGUGAGACAUGGGUAAACUUGGCUAUGGUGGAUUAUCCCUAUAAAGCUGACUUCUUGCAGCCUCUGCCAGCUUGGCCUAUACAGGAAGUCUGCAAGUUCUUGAAGGAUCCCAGUCUCUCUGACAAAUUGUUGCUGCAGAAUGUUUUCCAGGCAGUAAAUUUAUAUUACAAUUAUACAGGAGAGGCCUCAUGCUUAGAUGUGUCACAGACUGCAACGAAGAGUCUGGGUGAAAUGGGUUGGUACUACCAGACUUGCACUGAGAUGGUGAUGCCCUUGUGCACAGAUGGUGUCCAUGACAUGUUUGAGCCUCAGAAGUGGGACUUUGAUGCACUUUCAGAAGAGUGUUACAGGAUGUGGGGAGUGAUGCCUCGCCUCUCUUGGAUUCUUUCUAUGUAUGGAGGAAAAAACAUCAGUUCACACAGCAACAUCAUCUUCAGCAAUGGUGGCCUGGAUCCGUGGUCUGCAGGUGGGGUGACCCAGAACAUCACCGAUUCCCUCGUGGCAGUUGUGAUCCCAGAUGGAGCCCAUCACCUGGACCUGCGCAGCCGCCACCCUUUGGACCCCAAGUCUGUGCAGCAAGCUCGAGCCAUGGAGAUCUGCCUCAUGAAGGAGUGGAUUGAAAAGGCCAGGCACAGCCUCUGAAGUGCUACUGCAACAUCUGUGGCCAUUGCCCCUCUCUUGGCUUUGCUGGGAGUAGGGCCAGGCCUUGUGAUACGGACAUUGGAGCAUUUCCCUCCUCGCCUGCAGCACAGUGGCCACCAUGGCUCAUGUCCAUGGGAGAGGCAGGCAGCAGAUGGAUGGAGAGAUGCUCAGAUGAUAAACUCCAGUCAAAGUGCAUGGAUUGAGCUGCCUGCUCUGGUUUGCUUUCCUCUUCUGCUCUUCUCAAAUGCUGUGCUUUACUGCACAGUAGUGGGUUCCUGUUCUAGGCUUGUUGCUCUUCUCCUCGCUGCACUGAGUGAUUGUUCCAACUGCUGGUGUAUCCAGCAGUGGAUUACAUGGGAGUGCUGUUGGUGGUGAAACUCUUGCUGCCUCCAGUGUGACUGAAUUUCAGACAUCCUCUGCUGGUGGAGAUAAUGAGGGAACAGAAAUCACAUCUGACUGUGAUGUUUGGUGGAGAUGUAGGGAAGGCCUGGGGAAAGUGGCUGUGCUGUUUGUAAGGAAACUAAACCCUUACCCAGCCCUUACCCUUUGGAAUCAGUGUUGGAAAAGAAAUAAAUAUACAACUUUUUUUCCUACCUAGUUUUCCAGCAGCUUAUUAACCAGUGGAUUUUUUUAUUCUGUGCUGUACUGAAUGGUCAGGGCUGGGCCCAGACUCACUCUGCUGAUAACUGGCUGAGCAUGCAGAAUCUGCAUCAAGAUUUUACUACUUCUUUUGCUAUGAGUCCUAAUUCUGAGAUAUGUCACUGUCUGUGCUGAUGGUUACCAAAGAAAAAUGAGUAUGUAUGUGUGUGUAUCCCUCACAAAUACUUCGCUUUUUAAAAUCAGGAAGCUUUUGAAGCUAUUCUCUUGAAGAGCAAAUGGGACACUUGUGCUGGCUACAUCUUAUGAAGUGACAAAUAAUUGGGGCAGUGCCUUGUGUGGGUUCUUCCCUCCCCUCCAUUCUGUGUAUUGUUCAAAUUCUGCAUGAUCUGUUUGCUGAUGGCUCUUCAAUAAAAGCCUUUUAAAAAAAUUGUUUGCUGGACAAACUAUUGAAAACACAGAAUGCAGCUAUUCCCUUGGAUCAGCCCAAAGCCUGAUGCUGAGCUCACCAAGCCAGGUGCACUGGGCUUUCUGUAAGGCUUCCAAACCAGACAAACUGCCCUGAUUCAUGAGACAGCAUAUUUGACAUUAAUAAAUGGCUGGGGCAGUCCCCUUGUUUUCCAGCUUUGGCUUCAUUCACACUGCAGCCCUUCUUCAGAAAGGAUUCUUUGCAGUUUAAAGUACAACUCCGUUUUAGAAUGACUCAGGCAAAUCUUCAUGUCCCCAGACUUUUAAAAUUCCAUCUCUGUUGAAAAGUUUUCUCAGCUUUGGUGGUAUGCCUGACAGUUGAGUAUAUUCCCAAGAUCCCAUGUGGCCUUUUCUGUUUCCAGUCUCCUCCUGUCCUCUGGGAACAAAGAGAACCUAACACUGAAUUUUUAUCUUUUCAAACACUUCUUAGAUAGCAGAUUAUCCAAGAUAAUAGAUUAUCUUUCUCCUCAUCUAGUGUUAAACAUGGCAUUUAUGUUCAGACUCUGUAGUCUAAACAUUCCUGUGCUUUUGAGCAAGGUAAUUUAGAGACUCCAGAGAACAAGGCCAGGGCUAAAGGAGGAGCUGUGGAGGAUUUGCCUGAAACCUGUUGACUGAAAGCUGUUGGUGUUCCCCUUUUCCAAUAGUUCCAAUUUUUGCUGUAAAUAUACUCUAGACUCUCACUCGUGGACAUUAGAAUAACAUAUCCUUGAGUCUUUUGAAACAAAAUGUAUUGGUUUUUAUCAAUUAUGUUACAGCAAAGUUUUUAGAAAUACUGUUGUAUCUUCUUACACAUUAAUUGAUGUGUGGUAAUGCCCUGGUUCACUGUAAAACUUAGUAUGAAUUUGGGGAUCAGAAAUUAUUUACUUGAGCAAACAAGAUCCCUGGUCUAAUCAGUCCCUGCUAAUUAGGGAGGCUCUAAUUAAUUAGACUCCCACUAAUCCACUGAUUGCUCAGGGUGCUACUCCAAGUGAAAAUUUUGGGAUAAGCAUUUCCAUGUUGUAUGGAUAAAGAUGUGAACAGCCCAAAUUAACAGCUAUUGUAUAUUGUUAGUCAGCUUGUGUCUCCUCUCUCUCCCCUGCUAGUGAACUUACUGUGUCAGGAAACAGCUGCUGCUUUGUUGUAUGGAAAACACUUUUUAGUGUCAAGCAGCAUAAGUAAUUUAAAAUUUCAUUGCUUUUCAUUUGCUUUUCACUCCUUUCAUAAGCAAAAUGUUACCUUCAACAACAUUUAGGACAACAUGGAAUUUUUCAGUUUUAAGUUUUGUGAAAUGACACUUAGAAAAUUUUUUUUCAGAGGGGUUUUGUGUUUUUUGUUUGUUUGGGAGAGGAUGUUAAUAGUCUUUCAUGUUCCAUAUGGUUUCUGUCUCUGAGACUGAUUCAAGUGCACUUUGGAUCAGGUUCUUAUUGGUUGGACCAGUUUAUGAAUUAUGUGACUUGUUUUUAUGGUAUUUUUAAUUGAUUUGACUUUUUUCCCAUCAAGCUGAGUAGUUCUUAUUUAUCUCAAACAUCUCAAAGAGGUCUUAUUUAUCUCAAACCUUCAGACCUCAUCUUAAAACCCAUGUACACAUCUCUGAAUGCUACCAAGGAACUGACUUGUGGUUUGGCUACCUUAUCUAAAUGUUAGCUCUCCUGAGAGUUUCAUACAGGUGAGAACAAGUUGGGCCAUAACAAAUGGUUGAUGCAUCUUUCCAGGCAUAUGAUGAUGGGCCAUACUUCAUCUCAGGCUUAUGUAAGUUCUUGGCUUGUGUCAGAAAUUACUGGGAUUUAAGACUUAAAAUUUUAUAUUUCCUACUCACUGGGAAAAAUGCAGAUGGAAAAAGAGUUAAUGUUUUCCCCAAAGCAUGAAUCUUAGUGGUGAGCCUGCAGUUUGUAUCACUAAAAAUGCAUUAAGAUAA